GUGGAUCCUAUUCCAGUAGUGAGUAGAGCAAAACCAAAAGCAGGAUACGAGUUCAAAAACCCAGCAACCAACACUGCAAAUCAGCUUCAUGGAUAUGGAAAUCGAUGCCUCGAAAGAUGAUCGCCUAAUCAAAGACGAAGAUCUUUUCAAAGCCGCAGAGAGCGGCGAUUCUUCCAUUUUCACUGCUCUCACGCCUCUGCGCCUUUCUAAAUCUCUCUCCCUCAGAAAUGAGGAUGGCCGCUCCCUCCUCCACGUCGCUGUUUCUUCAGCCCACCUUCGUGUGGUGGAGAUACUUGCUGCUGCUGAUCACUCAACAAACGUAAUUAACUGUGCGGAUGAGGAAGGUUGGGCGCCCAUUCAUUCUGCUGCUAGCAUUGGGAGGUCACAUAUUUUGGACGUCUUGUUAAGUCGAGGAGCUGAUGUAAAUUUGAAAAAUGAUGGUGGUCGCACUGCUCUUCAUUAUGCUUCGAGCAAAGGAUGGUUGAAGAUUGCUGAAUCUCUUAUCUCACAUGGUGCCAAAAUUAAUCCGAAAGACAAGGUUGGUUGCACUCCAUUGCAUCGAGCUGCUAGCACUGGGAACUCAGAACUGUGUGAACUUUUGAUCGAGGAAGGAGCAGAAGUUGAUGCAGUUGAUAAAGCUGGUCAAACGCCUCUUAUGAAUGCAGUAAUUUGCCAAAACAAAGAGGUGGCACUUCUCCUAAUAAGACAUGGAGCUGACGUGGACGUGGAAGACAGGGAAGGGUUCACUGUUCUUGGUAGAGCUUCAGUUGAAUUUAGGCCAACCCUGAUUGAUGCUGCUAAGACAAUGCUCGAAGGAUGACCAAAACGACAUCGUAUAUAAGGAUAAUAGUUUAUAAAACAGCGGUUGUAAAAGCUCUGCCUAGGGUUAUCUCUGAUGAAGAUCAUAAUCCACAUCUCUAGUUUAGGAAAAAAGAACCAGAAGGGUUCGGUUCGGGUUCGGGUUCCAGUUCAAGAAUUGGAACCCAACUUUUUUUUUUCUUUUAACUUAUUUUUCUUUAUUUUUUAAAUUAGUUAAGUGAAUGAGAGAUCAUCAAGUUUGGAGCAAUUCUUGAUUAGAAAGAUAGUUGGAGAUGGAAGGGAAAAUUUUGAAGUUCCAUAUGUGACUUAUCUCUGGUAUGCUGUUCUCAACUAAUCUUUGACUCCUCUAAUACAAUAGGAUUUUACAUCUGAUGAAUAAGUGGUUGUAGUUUCA